AUGGCCGAAUUGCUCGACAUAUCGUCAGACUCGUCGCUGCCGGAGCUGCCUUUCCUGACGCAACGUGCGCCGCCUUCGUCAAGUCCGCUUGUGUUCGAUGAUGGACUGGACGAAGCGGAAGAGGAGGCUGCCAUGCCUUCUGGCAUGAUCCCCGUCAUCUCUCGCUCGACCCUGCUCGAGGGAGCUCACACAAUUCCCCGCUUCUAUGCAUGCUACCUCUUGCGCUCAAAGCGAAACGAUAAGUAUUCGAACAGAACUUAUAUCGGCUCGACGCCCGACCCUCCGCGUCGGAUAAGGCAGCAUAAUGGCGAUCUGACUGCAGGCGCAUGGAAGACUCGCUUUGGCCGUCCAUGGGAGAUGGAGAUGAUUGUACACGGCUUCCCUUCGAAGUUGUCUGCGCUACAAUUUGAAUGGGCAUGGCAAAAACCAGGUCAGUCACGCCAUCUGCGGUACCUGAGUCCCACCUCUGGCAGACCACAAGCUCGUUUCCCGGACGAUCGUAGUCGCAACAAGCCAGACAGAAAGGUUAGCGUACUCAAGGCCAUGUUGACUUCGAAGCCUUGGAAAGUCAUGGGGCUUGCCGUGACCGUCUUCAGCCCAUUUGCUAGUCAGCUUUGGCGCGGUCUGUCUACCACCACCGCACUUACCUCGCCUUCCAAGCGAAAAGGCAAGGCCAAAGAAGCUGUUGAUGAAACGCUCCUACCAGAUACCUCGAUACCGAUUUCAGUCGAUCACGUCAAUGUUGUCGAACGCUUCGAAGGUGUUGAUGGACGACGCAUAGAGCGUGAAUCUGCUCCACCGAGGAAAACGAUAGCGCGCUCUCCAGCACGAUCGCGUUCCGUGACCCCCAUCGAGGCAGUCUUACAGGAGCCCGGCAUAGGCCCCAUUGAUGCCUCUGACAAAGAUUUUGCCGAACUGCAUUGGCGCAAAUGGGCGAGUCUCAUCGAAGCGCAGCCCAUCGCUGUCUGUCAGCUUUGCAGUAAGCAAUUGGACAAAGAACAACAUCUGGACACUGUAAUAUGCACGAGCGAAGGAUGCACCGCGCUAUAUCACCUCACCUGUCUCGCAGAACGUCUGCUAGCCGAGAGUCCGCCAGACACUUCCUUGGCUCAGCCGCUCUUACCGAUGAAUGGCGUGUGUCCGACGUGCAAGAAUUCGCUUCGUUGGAUCGACCUGAUCCGUGGCUGCUACCGGCGAAGAGAUGGACCACCUAAAGAGAAACGCACACGAGCUAAAUCAAAAGCCAAAGAAGUCGCAGAAGACGAAGAGACUGAAAGUCCGAGAAAGAGGAAGCGCAAGGCCAAGGAGCCGACUGCAAGCACUGCGGGUCGGAAAUCACGCCAGCGCAGCAGUACAGCCAGUCCCAAUAAGGCCAGAGCGAGACAAAUACUCGCUUCGCCGGCAGCAUCAGAUGCAGAAGCCGAGCCAACCACAAAGAGCAGAUCGAGAUCGCCUGCAAGAACGAAGAUGAAAGCGACACUGCCUUUGCCUAUCUUAUCAGACAGCGACGCCGAUCAGGCUGUAAAGACGAAGCCAGGAACGCCGAGAACGGCCAAAGCAAAGGCUGCUCUGCCUUCGCCGCUUUCGUCAGACAGCGAUGAGCGCGCACUAGGCGACGAAAUUUCGCUCGAAAUACUGGAGAGCACGCCUGGCGUUUUCCGCAUGCCGGACAGUCCUGCCUAUCUGUCGGAUCUCGAGAAGAGUCUGAGUAGCAUCCAGGUCGUCUCUGCUCCUUCGACACCUAUCAAGAGAAGGCGGACGAAAGCAACAGCGCUGACCGACGCAUGA